AUGUUUAAGAGGUUAAUCAAUCGUCAAAAUGCUGUUGCAUUUUCCUUACCAAGCCCAGCUGGCCUACGGUAUGGUAGGUUUAACGCGAGUACGAAGAGAAAUUUCUCACUUUUUCAAAGUGUAGCAGACACAUUUCUAACUCUACAUGAGGCGUCGCAGAUACCUUGGAUAGUGAUUGUUCCCUUGAGUACAAUCACACUCAGGACCCUGGUGACGCUGCCAUUCAGUGUGUGGCAGCGGAAAAGAAUAUUGAAACAGCAAGAACUGAGGAAACUGGUUCAACCAAUAACGCCUAUUGUCAAACUUCGAUUAGCAGCUAUCACUAACAAAAAGUCCAAGAACCCUGUCAAGAUUAACGCGAAUGGCACCCUCAUUCCACUACCAGUGCAGGAUCCAGGCGUCUUGACCCCAGAUCAAAUCACUCUUCUAGCAGUGAAAGAGACAAGAAAUAGGCAAAGGAAACUAUUCAAAAAGUAUAAUGUCUCAUUGUGGAAGAACGCGCUAUUGCCUAUUGUCCAAAUUCCGCUUUGGGUGACGCUCUCCAUGGGUAUUAGGACGCUUACAGAGGCCCAACUAAUAGAAACUUUCUAUCCUGCUUGGAUUGCUGCACUGGGGUUCGGAUCUUUCGAUCUAAGCUCACCUUUAACAGCAAUGCCCCUAUUAGCGCCCAUUCUGGUUGGAACUUUGGCCGUGCUGAACGUGGAAUAUAACGGCCGACUAAUGUUUAGUUCCAACAUGUCAUCGCAAGGUAUAAAGACUGUUUCAAGAAAUUCGUCCAGGGUCCAAGAGGCAAUGGCCAGCAUACUGAAUGUGUCGAGGCUCGGCUGCGUCGUCAUGCUAGCAAUGUCCUCGCAGGCUCCAUUCCUUCUCUCGCUCUACUGGAUCUCCUCACAGCUGUACUCUUUGGUGCAGAACAUUGUCCUUAACUGGAUAUACCCCUACCAAAGAUGA